AUGGCUCCAUCCGCACAGACCGAAGAGGCGUUGCCCGCGAUGCAGAGAAAUAACAUAUCGAGCCUCGAGGAAUAUGGGGCCCUCGAUGUAACCACUUUUGAGCAAAUACUAGAAAUGGACGAUGAGGAUGAAGACAGAGAAUUCAGUCGGAGUAUAGUGUACAGUUUCUUCGACCAGGCGGAAGCCACAUUCUUCCAAAUGGAAUCAGCCAUUUCUUCUCAGGACCUCUCCGAACUAUCUCAACUAGGCCAUUUUCUCAAGGGCUCGUCCGCCACCUUAGGCCUGACCAAGGUCAAAGAUGCCUGCGAGAAAAUCCAGAAUUACGGCCAGCAAAAGGACGAGUCCGGCAACCACAACGAACCAGACAAAAACAGGUCCUUGGCCAACAUCAAGAAAGCCCUGGUGGAAGUGAAGAAGGAUUAUCAUGAAGUUGUUAAGAUUCUUAAGCAGUUCUAUGGAGAUGAUACGGCGGAAUAG